AGUCGCCGCCCCUCUCCCUGCGCCCGCCGCCGCCCCCGCGCCGGUGAUGGAGGCGAGGCGCUGAGGAGGGCUCGGGCGGGGGCGCCGCCGGCGGCAGCAGCGGCGCGCGGAGAGCGGGGCAUGCGGAGCGGGCGCCGCCGCGGGGCUGCAGCGGACGGCUCUCGGGCGCUGAGGGAGGAGGAGGCGGCGGCGGCGGCGGCGGCGGCGGCGAAAGAGGCUCCCCCGCGGGGCUCGCUGUGACCGCGCCGCUGCUCCCGGAGCGCGGCUCCCGGCAGCCGCAGGAAGAGCGGGGCCGAGGCGGCGGUGGCGGCGGUGCAGCAGCGCUCCUUCCCCGGCCGCGGAGCGAGGCGGCGAGAGGAGGCGCCGGUUCCCCGCGGCUGUAGCGGCCGCCGCCGGCAGCCCCGCCGCGCAGCGGCAACGGCGGCCGCGCCUCAACUUGGUGCGAGGCAGCGGCCGCCGCGACGAGCGGGCGGUGCGCGGCUGGUCCCCGUCCCCGCCGCCGCCCGGAGGAUUUACCCUGCGGGACUCUCCUCCCCGGGCGCCCGGUGACAGGCGCAGCCGCGGCGGGGCACGUUGCCUCCCCCACCAUACACACACAACGGCCGUCCGGCCGCCCCGCAGCGACAGAGAGGGCCGAGGGCAGCCUUAAGACCUUGUGGAUGGAAGACCUCUUUUGCUUCUUCAGAAUGGCGUAGGACAGUCUGUUGCUCUGGGGUUCCUAGCACAGGCACUCUACAGCAAUGUGUUGGGUUUUUGAUACCAGUGCUAGUGGACCAUCCAGAUGGCUAUAAACCUGCAGAAGAGGUAUAGAACGUGGUGUCUCAAACUGGAUUAAAGCAACCUGUUGAUAUUUUUAUUUAUACUUUUUUAUUUUUGUAUUUGACUUAAAGUGCCAUGAAAAAAUUUGCAUAUUGCAAGGUGGUCCUUGCCACCUCUUUGGUUUGGGUCCUUCUGGAUAUGUUUCUAUUGCUGUACUUCAGUGAAUGCAACAAAUGUGAUGAGAAAAAAGAACGAGGCUUGCCUGCUGGAGAUGUUCCAGAACCCAUACAAAAACCACAUGAAGGACCUGGAGAGAUGGGGAAGCCUGUGGUCAUUCCGAAAGAGGAGCAAGAAAAAAUGAAAGAAAUGUUUAAAAUAAAUCAGUUUAAUUUAAUGGCAAGUGAAAUGAUUGCACUCAACAGAUCUUUACCUGAUGUCAGGUUAGAAGGGUGUAAAACGAAGGUGUACGCGGACAACCUUCCCACAACAAGCGUCGUCAUUGUUUUUCACAAUGAGGCUUGGAGCACACUUCUGCGAACUGUUCAUAGUGUGAUAAACCGGUCACCACGACACAUGCUGGAAGAGAUCGUCCUCGUCGAUGAUGCCAGUGAAAGAGACUUCUUGAAAAGACCACUGGAGAAUUAUGUGAAAAAAUUAAAAGUACCUGUUCAUGUGAUUCGAAUGGAACAGCGUUCUGGAUUGAUUAGAGCCAGAUUAAAGGGGGCUGCUGCUUCUAAAGGCCAGGUCAUCACCUUCUUAGAUGCUCAUUGUGAAUGUACAGUAGGCUGGCUUGAACCUCUGCUGGCAAGGAUCAAAGCUGACAGGAGGACAGUAGUGUGUCCGAUCAUUGACGUAAUUAGCGAUGACACCUUCGAAUAUAUGGCAGGUUCUGACAUGACCUAUGGUGGAUUCAACUGGAAGUUGAAUUUUCGUUGGUAUCCUGUUCCUCAGAGAGAGAUGGAUCGACGGAAAGGAGACCGAACUCUUCCUGUUAGGACGCCUACAAUGGCAGGAGGUCUUUUUUCAAUAGACAGAGAUUACUUUCAGGAAAUUGGAACAUAUGAUGCUGGAAUGGAUAUUUGGGGUGGAGAAAACUUGGAAAUUUCUUUCAGGAUCUGGCAGUGUGGUGGCACUUUGGAAAUUGUAACUUGUUCACACGUUGGGCAUGUGUUCAGAAAAGCAACACCGUACACUUUUCCAGGAGGUACAGGGCAGAUAAUCAACAAAAAUAACAGGAGGCUUGCAGAAGUAUGGAUGGAUGAGUUCAAAAACUUUUUUUACAUCAUUUCCCCAGGCGUUACUAAAGUUGAUUAUGGGGACAUAUCAUCACGACUUGGACUGAGGCGCAAACUCCAGUGCAAGCCUUUCUCCUGGUACCUGGAGAAUGUUUAUCCUGAUUCCCAAAUUCCACGCCAUUACUUUUCUCUUGGAGAGAUAAGAAAUGUAGAGACAAAUCAAUGUCUGGAUAACAUGGCAAGAAAAGAAAAUGAGAAAGUUGGAAUCUUUAACUGCCAUGGAAUGGGUGGCAAUCAGGUUUUCUCAUAUACUGCCAAUAAAGAAAUUCGAACAGAUGAUUUGUGUUUAGAUGUAUCCAAACUUAAUGGCCCAGUAACGAUGCUCAAGUGCCACCAUCUAAAAGGAAAUCAGCUUUGGGAAUAUGAUCCAGUGAAAUUAACCCUGUUGCACGUGAACAGUAACCAGUGCCUGGACAAAGCCACCGAAGAAGACAGCCAGGUACCCAGCAUCAGAGACUGCAACGGCAGCCGCUCCCAGCAGUGGCUGCUUCGCAAUGUCACCCUUCCAGAAAUAUUCUGAGAGGUUCUAAAGAAAAGCAAAGAUUGACUGGGCUACCUCGGCUGAUACUUUGACUACACUGUUAAGUAGCAACAGAAGAAACUUCUGCUUGGCAGAAUCUGCAGUUUGUCAGCUGUUAGAACUCCUGCAGCUUCUCAAGUAGCUGUGAACCAGCCUUCCUGUAUAAGGAUGUGAAACUUCCACACAUACUAGUGAAACUGCACCCACUGAUGUUUACAAGAUCGAAAGAGUUUCUUCCAGCAAAUAAUUUAGAGAACGUUUGGACAGUGGAAACAUAAUCAAUGAAAUAGUUUCUCUGAAGAGCUGCAUAUGGUUGUAGUUUGCUUGCACAUCAGUAACCUCUGCUGAAAGUGCUGUUGUAAUGAAGAAAGUUCCAAGAAUAUUUUUUUCCUGGUUAGCAGUGGUAACCAGACUACUAAAUAUAGAUACACAAAUAAAUCAAAGACAGCUGGAAACCAGAUUCAGUAACAUGAAUUAAGAAUUCUGUGGUUUAAAAACAAAAAGUAAACAGGGUUUAAUGGAAACUAAAUCAGAACUAUGGAAAGUACAAUUUGUUAUAGUGAAGUAUCAAAUUUAUAUGUAGAUUUUAUACCUCAGUGGGGGAAAAUAACCAUGUCAAAAGGCAAUUGUUUCUCUUUUUCAAUUGUGUGAUAGUCCAUAAAUACAAUUUUUUCUUUUCUUUCUGGCUAGUCUAAAAUUCUUUUGGGCGCAAACAAGAGGAGCAUAAGAGUAAACUUAGCUCUUGAAUGUCAGAUCAACAUUUUUCUUUUUUAUUUUAAUAUGUUGGCUGUUGGAAUUGUAUCAUUUUAUUACUGUCUGAAAACUGGAGGUUUAACAUGCUGUCUAACUUCUUUUUGUCUAAACCUACCGUUUCAGUUUAUACUUGGGUCAGUCAGCUUAUGGACUUUCAUGGCCAAACAAAAGAUUUAAGUACACUUUGAAAUUAAGUUAACUUGAUGGAACACACUUAGCGCCCAGGACUCAUACUACUGUGCUACGGUUUUAUUUUCAUAGCAAUAAAUCUUUUGUUCCUUGUUUGAUUUCAGUCAACAGAAAGCCAGAAGAAAAGAGAGAUGAAUUGGUUAGCAGGGGAUUGCCAAACUGAAGGUUUUCUGGGAUCCUUUUUCACUUCAUUUUCAGAUGUGCUUCAUUGUCAAGUGCAUAUUUAGAUUAGACUCUGAAUUGUAAUGUUGAUCUGCUACUUUUUUCUAAUAAAACCUAAAGAAAAAUAGCUCAAUUGGCAUGGUUUUUAAAGUUAACAUAGCCAAAAGCAAUAUGACUAUGUCAUUACAUUGGUCUGCAUUUUUUAACUGAAUUGUUUUGUUUUGUUAAGAAAAAUCUGUGUGGGCUGAUCUUGAAAAUGAGCCACCGAACACUCAGAGUAUACAUUGAAUUUUCUUUUGGAAAGAAAAAUGAGAUUUGCUUAAUGGAGAGGAUAUUUUUAUGAUAAAUGUCAUUGUUUGGCCAACUGUCCUGUAAAGCAAAUUAAACCUAGACUCAUGCAAAA